CCACCACCACCGCCUCGUCGUCGCCAUGGCCGCACCCUUCGACCCCAGCGCGCACCCGCACCGCCGUUGGAACCCGCUCACCAACAGCCACGUGCUCUGCUCGCCACACCGGACGCAGCGCCCGUGGCAGGGCGCGCAGGAGAAGGGCGACGGCCCGCAGCUGCCCGCGUUCGACGACAAGUGCUACCUCUGCCCGGGCAACGAGCGUGCCACGGGCGGGCGCAACGACCAGUACGACGGCACCUUUGUGUUCGAGAACGACUAUGCGGCGCUGAAGCCCGAGGCCGUCGAGGGCGACGAAGCAUCGAGCCACCCGCUGCUGCGCUCGACGCCGGCACGCGGCCGCUGCUACGUGCUCUGCUUCCAUCCCAAGCACAACCUCACCAUCGCGCAGCUCACCACGGCGCCCUACUCGGCGCGCAGCUCCAUUCUGCCCAUCGUGCAUGCCUGGCGCCGUCUCUACCUCUCCAUCCCGCAGGAGAACCCAUUCGUCUCGUACGUGCAGAUCUUCGAGAACAAGGGCUCGGCCAUGGGCUGCUCCAACCCGCACCCGCACGGCCAGAUCUGGUCGCUCGACUACGUGCCCGAGGAGCCGCGCACCGAGCUGCUCAACAUGCAGGCCUACGCCCUCGACGCCCGCAAUGCCGCACCCGACGUGCUGCGCGGCGCACCGCUCGACGAGCAGGGCCGCGCCUCGCUGCUGCUCACCUACGCCCACCUCGAGCUCAACACGCCCGGCACGCCGCGCGUUGUCGCGCAGAACGCGCACUUUGUCACCGUCGUGCCGUACUGGGCGCUCUGGCCGUUCGAGACGAUGCUGCUACCCUACAAGCGUCACAUCUCAUCGCUCGAGGACAUGACGGACGAGGAGCAGUUGGCACUUGCGGAGCUGCUCGGCGAGACGGCGUGCCGGCUCGACAACAUCUUCGGCUGCUCGUUCCCAUACUCGAUGGGCAUCCACCAGCGCCCCGCACCGCGAGGGCACAAGGGUGCCGACGCCGAGCUCGGCGACUUUGCGCACUUCCACAUUCACUUCUACCCGCCGCUCCUGCGCUCUGCCACCGUGCGCAAGUUCCUCGUCGGAUUCGAGAUGCUCGGAGAGCCGCAGCGCGACCUCACCGCCGAGCAGGCAGCGGCGCGCAUCCGCGAUUGCGACACCACGCACUACCUCGCAAAGUCCAAUGCCUAGCCUCUAAUGUCACACAGUGAGCGGA